AUGAUCAUUGCCCGGUUCCCCCUGCGGAGGCUAGGGACGGCGCGAGAUGCAUCUCAAUUGUGUUCCCAAUGCCUCCGCCGCAGUCCUUCGCUUGUCCCCGCAGUCAACCGGCUCGCUUCAUUCUCGCGAUUGCAGUCAAGCGUUGCAGGACAAUCGCCCUCGUCGCCGUUGAACAAGACAUAUUUUUCGACAGAUAAAGGCGUCGCUAGCACGACGUCCAAGCCUGCGCUGUUCACGUCACUUUCACCCUCCAAUCCUUCCAGCCCUCCGACCGUCGAACCGUCGAACCUCAGCACAUCAACCACAGAAGCCGAGUCCGAGCUACCGCACCGUCGAAGGAAACGUUUAAAGGAGGCUGCAGGUCAAAAUGAUGGCGCCCAGCAGCUCCCGCCAGAUGCCUCUGCGCAAUUGUCAAAGCUCUCUGCAGCACUUCCCAAGACAUCGCUACGCCGCAAGCUGGCGGCCUACUUCGCUCUCACAAAACCACGUCUAUCAUUCCUGAUCUUACUCUCGACAACUGCUACAUAUGGGAUGUACCCGAUAUCGACUUUGCUCACCCUCGACCCAUCUAUCUCUGACCUUCCUACCCUCUCAACGUCCACCCUCACUUUUCUCUACCUGACAACUGGCACAUUCCUAUCCUGCUGCAGCGCCAAUACUCUGAACAUGGUUUUCGAGCCGAAAUAUGACGCUCUGAUGUCGCGAACCCGCAAUAGGCCCUUAGUACGGGGGCUCGUCACUCGUCGAGCAGCUGUUGUCUUUGCCUUCGCAACGGCCGCGAUAGGGCUUGGCCUACUAUACCUUGGAACGAACCCCACGGUAGCGGGGCUGUCCGCCGCGAAUAUUGCUCUAUAUGCAUUUGUUUACACUCCCUUGAAACGGAUCCAUGUGAUCAACACGUGGGUGGGUGCUGUGGUCGGUGGUAUUCCCCCGUUGAUGGGGUGGGUUGCGGCAGCAGGUCAGACAGCAACGACGGGGCACGACACAUGGCGCGACAUGCUUUUCAGCGAAGAUAGUAUUGGAGGGUGGCUUUUAGCUGGGAUUCUGUUUGCAUGGCAGUUCCCCCACUUUAACGCUCUAUCACACACCAUCCGUGAGGAGUAUAAGGGAGCUGGAUACAAGAUGCUAUGCUGGACAAACCCCGCUCGCAAUGCUCGCGUCGCCCUCCGCUAUUCAGUCCUCAUGUUUCCGCUCUCAAUCGGUCUCUGGUGGGUAGGCGUUGUGGGUCAUGGCUAUCUAGUUAGCAGCACUCUCGCCAACGGUUGGCUAGUGAAAGAGGCCUACCAGUUCUGGAAGCACCAGGGUGCUAAUGGGAGUGCGCGCGGCCUCUUUUGGGCUAGCAUUUGGCAACUUCCCAUUCUUCUUAUUGGUGGCCUCGUCACAAAGAAGGGCCUCUGGGACGGUGUCUGGAGAAGCGCCUUCGGCCAACCGAUUGAAGACGACGAUGACGACGAUUAUGUAUACUACGAUGUGGCUUCUGGAAAGGCAGUUGAGCCCACCAGUAACCCCCGCCCGAGCGUUGUUUCAUAA